AGUUAAAUGACCUUGGGGGAGACAAGACAAGCUAACGGCGCUGCAGUCGCGAGCAGACAAGAGAACGGCUGGGGGUGAUCGCUGCUGCAUUCCUCUUCGUUUCGCUGAUUCGAGCCCUAACCCAAAGGCGACAUGACUACAUCCAGGCGCCUCGCUGACAGGAAAAUUGCCAAGUUUCAACGAAACAUCACAAGGAGUGGCUCGGCUGCUGACACGGCAGGAAAGAAAGGAAAGGACUACCCUGUUGGCCCGAUCGUGCUGGGGUUCUUUGUCUUUGUGGUUAUUGGAUCAUCUCUGUUCCAGAUAAUAAGAACAGCGAUGAGUGGAGGAUUUGCCUGAAGUCAAAAAGGAUGCAAUUCCCGGUCAACUCUGAAGCUGAGAAAUCUUUGGUUUUCAAGCACUAUGUAAAAGCAAAAAUGUCCUAAGACUUUUUUUCUCAUAAUAAAGAGGGCGUUGACCGAGUA